CCCCGGCGGCGGGCGCGGCCCGGGCGGGGUGGGAGCGAUGGCGGAGAGCGACUGGGAUACGGUCACGGUGCUGCGCAAGAAGGGCCCGAGCGCGGCCCAGGCCAAGUCCAAGCAGGCGAUCUUGGCGGCCCAGCGGCGCGGGGAGGACGUGGAGACCUCCAAGAAGUGGGCAGCAGGCCAGAACAAACAACACUUCAUUACAAAGAACACGGCUAAGCUCGACCGCGAAACAGAGGAGCUGCACCAUGACAGAGUUUCCCUGGAGGUGGGCAAAGUGAUUCAACAGGGCCGGCAGAGCAAGGGCCUCACGCAGAAGGACCUGGCCACGAAAAUCAAUGAAAAACCACAAGUUAUCGCUGACUAUGAAUCAGGACGAGCGAUCCCCAAUAAUCAGGUCAUGGGCAAGAUCGAAAGAGCCAUCGGCCUCAAACUGCGUGGAAAGGACAUUGGAAAACCACUGGAAACUGGCCCWAAAGGAAAAUGACAACAAAGCCUCGAAAUCACUUUGCUCAGACUGAUCUGGCCCAGCUGGUUCUCCUCAACCACUCUGCUUAUUGCCAAGCUGAACAAGAGGGUUUCAGACUUGCUUUUGGGGGGAAAUCUGCUGAAUAUGUACCUGCUGUAAAAAGGCAACCUUAAAGAAGCAAUUUUCCUGAUGUUUGUUUUUCCUUCCUCCUUUUCAGAGAUUGAGGAUCUAAAUCCCAAGAAAAAACCCAAACCCCACCUCUGAUUUUCCAGAAAACGUGCAUUGUGGUGUUAGCAGCAGCUGAUGUUAAGGCACUUGGGGUGAUCUGAAAUGUGAUCGCUUGAAAAAAAGUUUGGGGGAUGGGUGAAAUAGAAAUAAUUUGGGAGAAUUGGGACUUGAUCAGAAAUGAUGACUCAGUCACUGUAUCUCAAUGGGUUUGGUUUGUUCUUUCCAGCCUGUUUUAAAGAGGUCUGUAAUAAAGUUUGAUACCCUUCA